UUGGGUGUGUGUGUGUGUGUGUGAGCCUCACUCUCUCUACAUGUCUCUGUCUCUGAGCCGGCAUGAUGGACAACUCGGGGAAGUUCAGCAGCAGUACGGCACCGAUGCCUGGCUUGGCAACUGGAGAAGAAUUAAACCUGGUUCUGACUGGAAACUCGCAGUUUCAUCAUCAAGGGAUGAAACUGGAAGCUGUGAUGGAGCAUUUGCAAAGGCAGCAGCAAGCCCGGCUGGAGAUGGAAGGCAGGGAGAGGAAGGACCGAGAGAUCCGAAACGCCCACAUCUUCUACGCUCAGCAGCUUGCCGCCCAGCAGGCUGCACUAGCUGCAGCCUCCUCCAGAUCUCCACCGGGGUCACUGGUCACUGCACUGGCCAGGCCUUUGCUAGCUGGGCCCACCGUCCCUCGGGUAUCCGAUAAGAGCAGCAUGGACUCUGAACCAGAGGAUGAUGCCUUCGAAGAGGAGGAUCCUGCCAGCGACCUGGAGGAUGAGGAAGAGGCAAGGGGAGAUCUUGAUGAGGAUGAAGAGGAUGAGGAAGAAGAGGAGGAGGACGUAGAGUAUCUCAGGAAGCAGGCUGCUGCUGUAGUGCCGACUCAGAGACCUCCCCCUGCCCAUCAUCCAUCUGUUAGUGGACAAUCCCAACAGCAGGGAAACGGUCAGCCCAUUUCACCAAGUCAAGCACAUUCUAAAUCACCUGCUAGCCACCACGAUUGGGGUUAUGAAGAACAGUUCAAACAGCAUGGAAGUCUGGCCUGGAAUGACGACGCUGAUGGUGGACGAGCAAGGGAGGCCGCCAAAGACUUCGCAAAGCUGUAUGAACUGGACAGUGACCCUAAACGGAAGGAGUUCCUGGAUGAUCUGUUUGUUUUCAUGCAGAAGAGAGGAACGCCAGUGAACCGGAUUCCCAUAAUGGCAAAGCAAGUGUUAGACUUGUACAUGUUGUAUAAGCUCGUCACAGAGAAGGGCGGACUAGUGGAAGUUAUCAAUAAGAAGAUUUGGCGAGAAAUCACUAAAGGCCUCAACUUACCUACCUCAAUUACCAGCGCAGCCUUUACACUCAGGACUCAAUACAUGAAAUACCUCUACCCUUAUGAAUGUGAAAAGCAAUCACUUAGCUCGCCCACAGAGCUCCAGGCAGCAAUUGACAGCAACAGGCGGGAGGGCAGAAGACCCAGCUACAGCUCGGCUCUCUUUGGCUACACUCCGAGCUCGACAACCACCCUUCUAUCCCCUGCCAAGGUCCAUCUAUCAUCGAUGAAUGUUCCUACCUCCAAUGGUACCCACCUCUCACCAGGGCUGCUCAUCAAAAAAGAGGAUGCAGCAGCUGGGGCCUGCUCUUUGACGCCCGGCCGGAUCCACAUCCCAUUGGCCCAGGGCGGGCACCCUUCCUCGGCCCAGGCUGUCACCCUGGAGCAGCUGAGGGAGAAGCUGGAGGGUGGGGAGCCCCCCGAGAAGCGGAUGGCCAGACUCGCCGAAGGCCAACAGCGCCUGAUGCAGCAGGCCCUGCAGCAGAACCUCUUCGCCAUGGCGACCCACGUGCCUAUGAGCAUCAAAAUCAACGGGAAAGAUGAUCGACAGGAGCUUGCAUUGAACUUGUCAACGAAUGGUAUCAGCAGCAUUAAUAUGUCCAUUGAGAUUAAUGGCACUCUCUAUACAGGAGUGCUGUUCGCUCAGAGACCAGCUGUGCAUGUGAUCACAGGACCCGGCAGCAGCACCUCUGGUUCACAGAGCACCUCCAGUCCUACCUCCGUCAAGGGCCCCACCUCCGCCGAGCCCUCCACCAGCGGCUCCCCCUGA